AUGGAAGAGUGUCGCACUCCCCCAGAGCGCAGCAGCAGCCUAGAUAGCUUUCUCGACGUAUCUGAAGUCGUUCUGACCGCACUCAAAGAUAUCAGUGCCGUUUCUCCAGUGCCAUUCUUAGGCGACGCCGCGAAGCUCUCUCUCGUUAUCUUGAAAACUGUCCAAGCGGUCAGAAAGAAUAAAGCGCUAUGGACUGGUUUAGCGGUAGAUAUAGCCCGUCUGGUGGCUGUAGUAGCCGCGAAGCUUGACGACACCGCCUCUUGCAAUCUAGACAGCGAUACGCUGGAUCAAAUCAAGCAACUGAAUCGCGUGUUACAGGGUAUCGAAGACGCGGUCAGACGAAUGGUGGCUCGAAAUAUCUUCACACGUAUCAUGGGCUCCAGAGGCGAUGCAGCGAAGGUGCAAAAGUACCGCAGAAGUCUUGAUCUGGCGAUCGAUAUAUUCGGGGUCCGUGCGGCGCUCACGAAUGCCGAGAAUAUGCAGCGGAUUCGGUUGGCGCAACAGAGGCUGAUUGCGGGCCAAGAGGGUAUGCACUCCAAGCAAGACGAAUUGCUCUUGAACCAGCGAAUGGCGACAGCGCUUCUGCGAAAGAUCGACACGAGCAUAAGCACCCAGGCGGGUUCGCUGGCUUCCCCGCCGCCUGCCGUGAUGUCCAUCUGCCCUGAGCACGCAACGUCGGCGUCCCCCACUCACUCUGCCACCCCGUCCUCUCCGCUCAAGGGCUUUCCUCACGUCGUUCCGGAACACGCCAAUAUCACCGUCAUCGCCGGUGACAAAAUCGUGAACAACAUCAAUUCGGUGACCCACAAUUCCCACUCUCACCGGGUGAAAACUGUCAAUACGACCAAUUCGCACAACACAUAUAAAACCGCCAGAUCAGGGGGUACCGGCACGGGGCAGGCGAACCCGUCAGCAGAGGGACCCCUCUCUUCAUGCCGUUUGACUGGGAGCGACGUAUUACGGCCGCUCUGGUUCUUCGACUUCGAUUUACUACAUAGUGGAGGCAUUGUGUUUUAA